AUGGGCGGCGAGGCUUCAACAAAGGGGGACGUGUACAGCUAUGGAAUAUUAUUAUUGGAGAUGUUGUUGGGGAAGAGACCCAUUGAUAAAAUGUUUAAAGAUGGUCUCAAUCUCCACAAUUUUGCUAAGAUGGCACUACCACAAAGACUUGUUCAGACUGUAGACCAAAUCCUUCUACCAAGAGAAGUUGAAGAAAUGCCCGCAACAACAACAAUAGCAAGAGUUGAUAAUAAUGAAAAUGAAUUUGAAGCAGAUGAAGAAAUUCAUGGUAUUGUGAACCGACUGCAAGAUCUUCUUAGCAAUAACUCGUUGACAGGGAGAAUUCCAGGCAAAUUGACCAACUGUCCUGAACUCAGGGUCACUGAUUUCACUAGGAAUAAACUUUCUGGGAAUAUUCCUGUUGAGCUAGGCUCUUUGAAGAAGCUUGUGAUGCUUCAAAUUGGUGGAAAUAAUUUGACAGGAGACAACAUAGGACUUGCUCUCCCUAAUCUCAAAUAUUUGUCCAUCUGUACUAAUAAGUUCUUUGGUCCAAUCCCCGUUUCACUAUCCAAUGCUUCUCAACUUGAAAUACUUGCUCUCUCCGGAAACAAUUUUGUGGGACAAGUUCCAACCGACCUGGGAAAUCUGCAACACCUCUGGUGGCUAGGUGUUGGACGAAAUAAUCCCGGAAGUAAUUCAGCUAAGGACUUGGAUUUCUUAACAUCUGUGAAAAACUGCACCAAACUGGAAAUGCUUGAUUUUUCUAAUAACAAUUUUGGGGGUAGUUUACCCAACUCUAUAGAAAAUUUGUCCAUGCAACUCCGUGCACUAUAUCUUGAUGGAAAUAAACUAUCUGGAAUUAUUCCUGAGGCAUUAGAGAAUCUCAUCAACUUAACUUCCUUAAACACGGCACGUAACCUGUUCACAGGCGGCAUUCCCAGUCAUUUUACGAAGUUUCAAAAGCUGGAAGGAUUGGCUUUGAAUGGAAACAGAUUGUCAGGACCUUUACCAUCCUCUAUAGGUAACCUCACGCAAUUGGUCAAAAUUUACCUAUCACAGAACUAUUUGGAAGGACACAUUCCAUCCAGUUUUGGGAACUGCAAAUAUUUGCAGUACUUAUACAUUUCAGAAAAUAACCUUAGUGGAGCCAUACCCAAAAUCAGUCUCCCCCAAUUACUAGUACUCAACUUAUCACAGAACUCAUAA